AUGGUCCAGACGAUCACCAAGAAGAAGAAGGCCGUCCAGGAUGGAGUUUUUAAGGCAGAGUUGAACAACUUCCUCAUGAAGGAACUCGCCGAGGACGGUUAUGCCGGAGUUGAAGUUCGCCGUGCCCCCACUCGUACUGAGGUUAUAAUCACCGCCACCCGCACCCAGAACGUGUUGGGAGAACGUGGUCGUCGUAUUCGCGAACUCACUGCUGUCGUCCAAAAGAGAUUCGGAUUCAAUGUUGGACAAGUUGAGGUAUGUUUUUAUAGCUCUUUGGAUUUCUUCAUUUAGGAAUAAGGUGAAACUUUCCAAGGAUCUUACUGUAGAUUUGUUUUUUUAGCUUUACGCCGAGAAGGUUGCCAACCGUGGUCUGUGCGCUGUUGCCCAAUGUGAAUCUCUCCGCUUCAAGCUGUGUGGAGGUCUUGCCGUUCGUCGUGCUUGCUAUGGUGUUCUCCGUUUCAUCAUGGAGUCCCAAGCCAAAGGAUGUGAAAUCAUCGUUUCCGGUAAACUGCGCGGUCAGCGUGCUAAGGCGAUGAAGUUUGUUGACGGUAUCAUGAUCCACUCGGGGCACCCUGUGAAUGAGUAUGUUCAACAAGCCGUUCGCCACGUUCAGCUCCGUCAAGGUGGGAUUUUAAUGCACAAUUUUUUUACGUUGUGGCUUCAUCGAAACUGGGCAGAUACGGAAAUUGGAGGGAAACCCGAAAGGUUUUUUCACUUGACUGUUUUGCGCGAAGUUAUACGUUGUAGCCAGACUAGCGAACUUUUAUACCAAAAAAAUAACAAAAAAAUUCAUUAGUGACAGUUCGUACCAAGUCAGUGAAAAAAUUGUCGGGUUUCCCCUGUCCGAUUUCCGUACUCUGUCGUAUUUCCAUGAGGCCGUAUGGCUGUUAUUACGUUCGUUUUUUUGCAGGUGUUUUGGGAAUCAAGGUAAAAAUCAUGCUUCCACACGAUCCUGAAGGAAAGAUCGGUCCCCGAAACCCACUUCCUGACCACAUCCAGAUCUUGGAGCCCCGCCCAGAAGACAACCCAACUGUUCCUCGUUCAGAAUGCCUUGAAGCUCCUGAAGAGAAACUGCAGGCCCCUCAAGGCCAAGCCCCUCAACAGCCUAUCCAACAGGCUUAUUAA